CUACCUAAGAUUGAAGCAAUUUCUUGCCUUUAGCUGAACACUUUCAUUGGGAAAAAUAAAUCACUGAUUUAUGUGUCUUCCUCAGCAUGUUUAAAUUUGAUAUGAGCAUCCUGGUGUGUGAAUAUGUGUCGCACUUUAGCCUUUUCUAGAGAUCAGAAGAAAGAAGACCAGCAUAAAUUCCCUGUAUGUAUAUAAGCUCUCUCUCUUCUUCAGUCUCUCUGUCGGAAGGACCAAGAUGAUGAGCCCUUGGAUAGCUUGUGCGCUGGGUGCUGCUUCUUUUCUUGCAUUGCUGUUGUUGCUCUUCUUCGUUCUUCAUAUUGUAGCCAAUGGCUUCCUCAGUGGAAGUGGGAAAGGUUUACUAAAGAAUGCUAAAAGGUUAAGAAGAAAAGGUCGACGCCCACGGAAAUUCACUCUCAAGGAGAUCCAUAUGUAUAGUGAAGAAUUCAGUAAUAAGAUUGGAAAUGGGUCAACAAACACUGUGUUCAAAGGAAAUCUGCCUGAUGGCACGGAAGUUGCAAUCAAGAGGCCUAAUGCAGAGAGCAUGUGCAGCUUAUAUGUCGCAGCAAGGACAGAAAUUCAGAUUGAGCUUCUAUCACGCAUUCGCCACCAAAACUUGGUGAAUCUUGUUGGUCACUCAGACGAAGCAGGAUGCCAGGUUCUUUUGUUUCAAUAUGCAUCAAAUGGGACACUUUAUGAAAAUCUACAUGGGAAUGAACAUUUAACAUGGAAACAAAGGACAAAGAUCAUUGGUGGUAUCGCCUAUGGGCUUCACUAUCUUCAUUCCUGUGUUCCUCCUGUUAUUCAUGGUGAUCUUUGUUCACAAAUCGUCCUACUAACAGAGGAUUAUGCUGCAAAGAUUGGUGGCAUAGGAAAGUCAUUGCCAGGACCAGCAUCUGCUGAGAAAGAGAAGAGAGAUUCAACCACUCAAGCAGAAGGCAUGGAGAAAGGAGAAUACAGUUCUGCCAGAGAUGUUUAUGCAUUCGGAAUUCUCAUUAUUGAAAUUGUUUCAGGAAAGAUGAUCACAUCCGCCGAUGGUGCCUGCAUUCUGGACCAAUGGACAAGGGACAUUUCACCGAGCCAGGAGAAGAUGCUGGACUUCAUUGAUCCAUCAAUGCAUGAUGUACCGAUUCCAGAGCUCGCUGCUGCCAGAGAGAUUGUGAGGCUCUGCCUAAGAAGUGAGCCUCAUAGGCCAACUAUGGCAGACAUUGUGGAACUGGUACUGAAGGACUUGAAGAUCACCAUUGAGGCUGCUGCACCACUCACUAGCCCUGUUACACUGAGAGGCCUUCUUGAAUUGCUAGUUUGAAAUUUCUAAGCUUGAAUUGAAGUCCUGGCUUUAGUUGGCAUGGAUUGGUUCUUGAUUUGAUUGAGAGCUUGACUUGGGCUGGGUUGCAAACGUAUAUGUAAAUCUGGAACUACACUAAGCUGAUAGUGAAAUAUUAUUGUUGGUAGCUUCAUUAGCAAGAAACUAUGGGAAUAUUUAGAAUUUUGUCUUCUGAUUUAAUUAAAAAAUACCAACUUCAACUUCU